CAUAUCCCUUAAACCCUUCUCUGUGUGUGUGUGUGUGUUAGGGGGGUGUGGUAAUGGCCACCAUGCAUUCCCACAUAGAGAGAGUCCUUUGGAGCGAGGACCAAAUCUCUCGCCGAGUCUCCGACCUAGCCUCCCAAAUCUCCGCCGACUUUCUCGCCGAGUCUCCGCCUCCCGUUCUCGUCGGCGUCGCCACCGGCGCAUUUCUCUUCUUGGCCGACCUCGUUCGCAAAAUCGACCUCCCCAUCGCCGUUGAUUUCGUCCGAGCUGAAUCCUACGGUUCUGGAACCGAGUCCAAUUCCGCACCCACCAUUUCCUUCGAUUUGAAGGUUGACGUCAACGGCCACCACGUCAUCUUGGUUGAAGACAUUGUAGACACAGGACAUACUUUAUCCAGAGUAAUUGCGCACUUGAAAUCCAAAGGAGCGUCCUCUGUCUCUGUGUGCACUUUCCUUGAUAAACCAGCAAGGAGAAAAGUUCAUUUUCAGCUGGUGGGUGAAGGGAAAUACUACCGUGGCUUUGAGUGUCCAGAUUAUUUCGUUGUUGGUUAUGGAAUGGAUUUUGCCGAAAUGUAUAGAAAUUUGCCCUACGUUGGUGUCUUGAAGCCUGAGCAUUACAAGUGAUAUGUUAUACUUGUUGGUUGCCACUUGCCAAGUGGGGAAGCACAAAGCAUUAAAAAUGGUUUUCUAAAUUUUUAUGGCAUUUUUCCUAUUACACUUGAUUCACGGAAUGAAUCAACAGAAGCAAAUAGAAACUGGAAGAAAUAGAAUAAGAUGGAUUUGGUGUGCGCUUUUCAUGGCUAUCAUGAAAUCAUAAAUUGUUCUUCAGACCUUUACAGUUUCAUUUCACAAUUAUCCUAUUUGAGCAUGGUGACUAUCUGUUACUUGGUGGACUCACAGAUAAUGAUGCUAAAAUUAACA